AUAAAUAAUAAUAAUUGUAAUUUAAUCAAUCUCUCUGCAUUUCUUACUUUUGAGAGGAAAAUCCACAUUCCUGAAACUUCCCCUGUUCAGCGCAUUUAAGUGUCUUUUCUGUUGUUAAGCUAUGCUUCUAAAUCGAGUGAGAAUAGUAUAAAUCAGUGUCUGCAUAUAUAUUUUGUUUUUGAUAGGUAACUGAAAGAAUGUUAUUGAUGUAAAGAAGGGGCCAACUUUAAGAAAAAGUUGGAUAGGAGUACAUCUAUAAGAUAACUUUACAGAGAGGGUAAAUCAGUGUCUGCAUAUGACAUAUUUUAAGGUUGAAUUUGUAACAACAUGAGGAUGGUGAUUGAGUAUAAAAUAUGUGAGCUCUUAAUACUAGUCUACCAUUCUAGAGCACUUUAUCUAGCUUUUGGUCCAUGUAAGACAUUGUUGGGGCUCAUGUUAUAAGUUGUGACUGUUCUUGUCAAUUGGGGGUGCUAGUUAAGGGAUUUGGACAAGCCAAUAUUAGCAAAUAUAAGGCUAUUCCUUUGAGCAAGUUUGAUGGGUCCUUUUUCUAAGAUACCAAAGUCGCAGCCCCACUUUUUUGUUCGUAACGAGGGAGAGAUAGAAUGGGAUUAUAAUUUGACACUAGAAGAUGGUGAAGAUGUUUAUUGGUUCUACCCUGUUGCUCGGACUCAGGUGCAGAUGUCCGAUACAAGUGAGAAUCUAGAGGUCAGAUCCUUCAUGAUCUAAAUUUCAAGAUUCGGGGUUACAAAUCCAAGUACAAAUAUGGGUGCGGGGAUUUGACUAAAAAUAAUUCAAAUAUCUGAAAAUAGAUUUAUAAAAAUAUGUCUAUAUUAUGAGACAUUUGUGAAAAACUUACAACGUAUUCCGAGAAGGAGAAAAUAUUGAUCAAGAGGAGAAUCCGAGAAGGAGAUAAAAGGAAAAGGACUGACAUAGAAUUUCUAUAUAAAAGGUUUUGGAAUUAGAAGCUGCAGUAAUGUCUCCGGCAGCUAGGUCCAAGUCAAAGGAUAAAAAGAUGAGCAAGGAACCACCCAAAGUUGCUUCAAAGCCUUCAAGUGCAAAUGCAGGCGGUGGGGUUCCCACUAGUGGAUACAAUCCUCUUCUGGGGACAUUCCAUACACUUGACACAGCUCCUGUGACUUCGAAUGCUGCUCUUCAUGUCAAUGGUCGUUUCAGAAACAUUGAUGAGACAGAUGACCCUAGUGGGCACUCUCUCGGAGCUGGUGGAGAGUAUGAUGCUGUUUCCAAUAAUGGUAGCUGGUCUGGUGAGUCGGAGGAUCAUAAAGAGAGAACUUCUAAUCUUCCUUCCCGACAAGAGAUAUUACCUGGUGCUGAUAAUGACAAGCGGGAAAAAAUCCGUCAGAAAAAUGAGAGGAAGCAUCAACGUCAGAAGGAGAAGCGAGCACAAGAGUUGCAUGAAAAGUGUAGUGGCUAUCUCAUGUCAAGAAAGCUGGAAGCACUUGCUCAGCAGCUUGUGGCUAUGGGGUUCUCCUUGGAACGGUCAACUAUGGCUCUUAUUCUGAAUGAAGGCAGAGUAGAAGAGUCAGUAGCAUGGUUAUUUGAAGGAGGCGAAGAAGCAAACAAAGACAAGGAACACAAUCUUGAUACUGGGGGUAAUUUGAAAAUUGACAUAUCAGAAGAGCUUGCUCGCAUCGCGCACAUGGAAAUUAGAUAUAAGUGCUCCAAGCAGGAGGUUGAAAGAGCAGUAGUUGCCUGCGAGGGUGAUCUUGAAAAGGCUGAAGAGACUUUGAGAUCACAAAAGCAGGAGCCCGCCUCUGUUCCGUCCAAGCCAGAAGAAACUGGCGAUCCUCCUACUGUGGGUAAUGGCAAGCUACCAAUUGCCACCGGCCAGAUUCUAACAAGAGUACCUGUAAAACCUUCAUUAUCUAGUACAAUACCAGCAAAGAGAGAUGAGAAAGACUUCAAUUAUACUAAAGUUGCUGCCGCAGCAGGGCCUCCUUUGGAUCCUGGGAGCAAAAACAUACCAUUGCUGAAAAGGGUUCCGCCAAAAUUGGACUGGGCCAUGUCACCACAAGUGUCAGUACCUGUUGAUAAAAGGUGGCCAAAUGGAGGAUCAAAUCCUUCUGUUUCCUAUUCUUUGGCAUCUUCUUUGCAGGCAUCACCUCCACCGCCCAAGACAGAAGCUCGUUAUGUGGCUGUUGGAAAUGAAUUGAAGAAUCUACAGAUAGGAACUGUGAGAGAACCAGUUAUAGUCAUGCAACGACCCCAGUCUGUCAAUGCCAGGCACACUCCCACCUCAAAUGUAAGCUCAUCUCCUCCAGGAACAGCAGUGUCGUGGUAUCCUAGUAAUAUUGCUGAAACAAUGACACCCAAUGGUAUGAUUCCACAUAUUCCGUGCACAAGAAGCCUGAGCAUGAAUGGUGUCAGCACUAACCAAUUGUAUAACCGGCUUCAUUAUCAACAGCACCCGCAUCCAGAGCAAUUUGUUUCCAGCAAUGGCACACUCGAAUCACCAGGAUCUAACCGGGGAAAUAGUUUGUGGAGUAACACAGGUGCAUCCCAGACACAAACAAUUGCUGCAGCUUCCUCACUUGGACUCUUCUCCGGGUUGGGCACCAAUGGUACUUCUGGGCCAUCGUCUCCUGUUGACUGGAACACCGGCGGUGGCUCAAUGCUGCAGCAGCUAGAUUACGCCAACAUAGACUGGAGUUUAGAUCGCGGCUCAUUGUCGUCGAGAACAGGUGGUAUGUGGCCAACAAUGAACUCUUUUAUGCAAAACCAUGCUCGUAAAUAUGAUUCAUUUACCCCUGGACUCGCUGUAAAGUCUACCAUAAGACCUGAUCUGCGCAAUGGGAUUGGUAUACCGAUUCCCGGGUUGCACGAUGGAGCAAGUACAGCAGAAUCGUCGGCUGGUGGUUCUCGGGAGUGGACUUCUCCUUUUGAAGAGAGAGACCUUUUUAGCUUACCAAGACAGUUUGUUUCUUCUCCCUCGCUGUAGGGUGGUGGGAGAGAUUUGACUGAAUAAAAAAGAAAGAGAUGAAAAAAAAGAGAACAGUAAAUGUACUUUGGAUUUGGUGUUGGUGUUGGCUCUUGUGAUGCAUUUGCCCUCUUGAUAUUGUGAUCAAUUAUAGUGAAAAAGCAUACAGUCGUUUGGUUUAA